AUGGAACCAAAGAAACAGAAACAUGCAAAAUAUUUGACAGUUCUGGACCUGCUGGAGGCGCUCAACAUCACACGCUCCGUCCUGGGCAUUACCAAGGCCAAGGGCCCCGACCCGGGAGUGCCCGCCUGGAAGUUCCGCCAGCGGGUGCCGCACCUCACCCUCCCGUGGGACUACUCCGUCUACCUGCUGUCCACGCUGCAAGGGGCUCUGGGCUUCCACUUUGUGGCCCGACAGAGCCGGGCGUCCGAGGGCACCCUCAUCUCCCUGGCGUCGCCGGCCGCCACCCAGCGGGACGGGCGGCCGCUCUUGCAGCUGGUCUCCAGCACCCGGGCGGACCAGCUGCGGCUGGACUACCGCGCCGUCCACAACAUGGAGCCGGCCCGCUUGGUCUUUCCAGGAGGCAACCCCUUCUCCCACGGCCGGUGGGCCCGGGUCGCCCUCAACCUGGAGCCCCAACGGAUCUCCCUCUUCGUGAACUGCCAGGAGCCGGUGGUCUUCGAGAAGGGGGCCGGGGAGGACGUCCUGAGCCUCAUCCUGCCCCUGGACCUGCAGAUCACCUUCGGCAGCCUGCUCGGAGACAAGAGCAGCAAGUUCCUGGGCUACUGGCAGACGGCAGAGAUUUCACCCACCGGUUUCCCACACCGCCCCUGGCACUGUGACAACCUGCCAGACCCUGACCUGCUUGCUCUGUCCUAUACCAUGCCUGAGGAGCGCUACAUGAAUCUACCUGGAGGGCAUCUGCCUGAGCUGAACUCCCUACCGCCCCUUGAGCCUCCAGCCCUGACAGACAUUCGCCACUACCAGCGGGAGCCCAGCGAAGCAGACUUCCCAUCUCCGGCGGCUGCAGGACGGUCCGGGGCCAUUAGCCAGGAAGAGAGGAUCCGGAGGCUGGAGGAGCUGGUGGAUGGACUCGGAACCAUGCUGGACAUGGUGAAAGAACAGAACUCAGACCUGCUGGGCCGGGUGAAGUCCCUGGAGGAGUGCGAGUGUCGGCAGGUGACCUGCUUUUGGGAAGGACGCCGCUACGAGGAGGGCGCCUCCUGGGAUCAGGGCCUCUGCACCACCUGCCGGUGCGUUCGGGGCAAAGCAGAGUGUUCGUUGCGACGUGACCGCCCGCACUGCCUGGGCUGCACAGACGGGCACAAAGAAGGGGAGAGCUGGACGCCGGAGGCCUGCCGGAUGUGCCGGCACCAGGCAGGCACGGUGCAAUGCCAAGUGGCCGAGUGUCCAGAGCUUUCGUGCCGGGAACGUUACACGCCACCCGGGGAGUGCUGUCCUGUUUGCCAUCCAGGUUGUGAGUACGAAGGACAACGGUACCACGAUGGAGACGUCUUUGUGGCUGCCUCGAACCCCUGUAUGAAUUGCUCCUGCCUGAGGAGCCUGGUCCAGUGCCACCCCAUCCAGUGCCCGCCACUCCGGUGCUCCAAGGCCGUGCCCCAACCUGGCCGCUGUUGCCCUCGCUGCCCUGCAUGUGAGCUGGAAGGACGUCGUCUGGAACCCGGGCAGAAGGUCACCACGGCCGAUGGAUGCCAGCGCUGUUCCUGUUUUGAGGGGGAGCUGGCCUGCACCCCAGCCCAGCUGUGCCCCAGGCCCUGCACCCACGGACUGCCGCCCGCCCUCGGCUCCUGCUGCCCGGAUUGCUCCCGCUGCCUUUACCGUGGGCAGGUCCUCCUCAGCGGAGGGGAAAGCGUGGGCAGCCAUCCAUGCGAACGUUGCACCUGCCAGGAUGGGAACAUGGUCUGCUCCCGAGUCUCUUGCCCGAAGCUGGACUGCGCCAAGACGGAGGAUGUUCCGGACCAGUGUUGCCUGCGCUGCCAAGGUUGUGUGGAUGGAGCCACUCGACGGGAACACAACGAGGAGUGGACGCCUGCUGCCGACCCCUGCCUGAAGUGCAAAUGCCUGGAAGGCCACGUGCAUUGCAAAAGGAGGCAGUGUGCCAGUCUCUGCCGCUACCCGGCUAGCCCUCGCCCAGGGACCUGCUGUCCUGUCUGUGAUGGGUGUUCGUGGGAAGGGCGAGAGUACCGCAGUGGAGAGACGGUCCGGAGCAGGGACCCCUGCGCCCUCUGCCUCUGCACGGCCGGGGAGGUCUCCUGCAAAGACGGGGCGUCCGAGUGCCCACCGACCCCUUGUACCCACCCUGGCAAACCCCCGGGAGAGUGCUGCCCGACCUGCAAGGUCUGUGAAUUCAAAACCCGCCUGUACCAGAACGGAGAGGCCUUCACCCCUGCAGGAGCCGGCCCGUGUCUGCAGUGCUCGUGCAAGGAUGGGAACGUCCGUUGCCAGGAGCAGCUCUGCCCCCCUGCGCCAUGCUCCCAGCCUGUCCGAGAACCUGGGCGCUGUUGCCCAUUCUGCAAAGUCUGCGUUCAUGACAGUGUGGAGUUUGAAGAUGGCACCGAAUGGGAGCCGGACGAGGACCCCUGCAGCACCUGCAUCUGCCACCAGGGGGAGUCAGUGUGCAGCACCAACCCGUGCCCCCCUGCCCCCUGCCAACAUCCAGCCCAGCUGCAAGGCGAGUGCUGCCCGGGCUGCCAGCGGUGUUCCUACAACCAGCGUCUUUACAGCAACGGCCAGGAGUUUGUGGACCCAGAGAGCCCCUGCCAGCGCUGCCAAUGUACGGAGGGGACUGUGCGCUGCUCUGCCAUCGUGUGUCCCCCGGUGAACUGCCCCCGUCCAGAGAAAAAGCCAGGAUCCUGUUGCCCAAAAUGUCCUGGCUGCACUCAUGAGAACCGGGUGGUGCUGGAGGGAGAGGAGGUGCCCAACCUGCUCAACCCCUGCCAGGCCUGCGUGUGCACCGGUGGCGAGCUGUCCUGCGCCAAGCGGCCGUGCCCGGGGGCACUGUGCGCCCACCCUCUGCCAGGAUCCUGCUGCCAGAACAACUGCAACGGCUGCAACUAUGCCGGGAAGGAGUACCCCAAUGGAGCCGAGUUCCCCCACCCGACGGACAAGUGCCGGCAAUGCCACUGCAUUAACGGGAACGUCCAGUGCCUCACACAACGCUGCCCCCCUCUGCUGUGCCCCGAGCCCUUCUUGAUGCCCGGCCAGUGCUGCCCGCAGUGCCCAGCCCCCCCAGCCGGCUGCCUUUACCUGGGGCUUUCCUACCAGCACUCGGAGCGCUUCUACGACCCAUCGGACAAAUGCCGGGACUGCAUGUGCAGCAAUGCCACCAUCACGUGCCAGCGGCAACCCUGCGUGCCCGUCCGGUGUUCCCACCCCUUGCAGGAGGAUUGCUGCCGGUCCUGCGACGGUUGCCUUUACCAUGGGAAGGAGCUCCCCAACGGAGAGCAGUUUGCAGACCCCGAGGACCGGUGCAGCCUGUGCUUCUGCUGGGAGGGCAGCAUCACCUGUAAGCCCAAGGCCUGCCCGCCCGUGGAGUGCCCCUAUCCUGUCUCCGGGCCGUGCUGCAAGGUGUGUGAAGGCUGCGAGUACCUGUCCGAGCGCUACCUGAACGGCCAGGAGUUUCCGGACCCCCGGAGCGCCUGCCGCAUCUGCUCUUGCUCGGACGGCUUCGUCACCUGCUCCGAGAAGCCCUGCUACCAGGCCGGCUGCAGCCACCCCGUCCGGCUGCCCGGGCAGUGCUGCCCCACCUGCCUCGGCUGCUUCUAUAACGGCAUCACGGCUGGCAACGGACAGACCUUCCCGGACCCUGGAGAUGCCCUCUGCUCCCAGUGCACGUGCCAGGCUGGCUCCGUUCAGUGCCUCAGGAAGCUCUGUGCUCCGGCCCUCUGUGCCCACCCUGCGCCAGGGCCCUGCGGAUGCCCCCUGUGCCAAGGCUGCAGUUUCCAAGGGCGUGAAUAUAAAUACGACGAGACCUUCCCUUCCCCGGACGACCCCUGCAAGGAAUGUCACUGCCUGAACGGCACAGUGACCUGCUCGCCCACCCCGUGCCCCCCGACGUCCUGCAAGCGACCCAUCACUCCGCCCGACCAGUGCUGCCCGCAGUGUACAGGGGCCUGCCAUUAUCACGGGCACCUCUACAAGAGCGGAGAAGCCUUCAGUUCGCCGCAAGACCCUUGUCGUACUUGUAGCUGCCUGGCCGAAGUGGUGACAUGCCAACCGAAACCCUGCCCUGUGCAAUGCACCCACCCGCUGCCCCCCACGCCUCCGGCUUGCUGCCCCUCCUGCGAGGGCUGCCUCUUCAGGAGCCAGCGCUACGCCAACCGCCAGGCCUUCACCUCGCCCGCCGACCCUUGCAGCCACUGCACCUGCCUGCGUGGCAAUGUGCUCUGCACCCCGGUCGUUUGCCCCCGGGCGCCCUGUGCCAGUCCCAGCCGCAGACCUGGCCAGUGCUGCUCGCAGUGCCCAGCGUGCCGGCACGCCGGGCAGGAGUACCCCGAAGGGUCGCAAUGGCUUUCUCCUCUGGACCCGUGUCAGCAGUGCUCCUGUGUGGAUGGAAACGUCCGAUGUGAGAUGAUCCAGUGCCCCCUGACCGGGUGCUCCCACCCCGUGACGGAGCCCGGCGUCUGUUGCCCCCGCUGCAAAGGCUGCACCUACGAGGGCCGGGAGCGCCCCGACGGCAGCCGCUGGCUCUCCUCCUCUACCCCCUGUAUGGCCUGCAUGUGUGCGGAUGGCGUAGCCACCUGCGCCGAGAUUGUCUGCAUCAGCUCCUGCAUCAACCAGAUCGAAGUUCCCGGGGAGUGCUGCCCCCUGUGUGCAGACUGCUCGUACGAGGGUCGUGUGUAUGGACCAGGCGAGAGUUUCCAACCCGGGCAGGACCCCUGCGAAAUCUGCACCUGCGAGCUGAUGUCCAACGGGGAGCGCCACCUUCAGUGCUACCGCAAGCAGUGCCCCAGCCUGCUGGACUGCCCCCGGGAACAGAUCCAGUCCCCCGGGGCCGGGCGAUGCUGCCCAACCUGUGCAGAAGCCCUCAGCAACUGCACCACCAGCCUGGUGGGCAACGAGAUCCAGGCCACGGAUGAGCCCUGCUACAGCUGCCAGUGCAAGGAUCUGACCUGGGUUUGUGUUCACCAAGGAUGCCCGCUGUUGAGUUGUCCUGCGGCUGAGCGCUUCACUCCCCACGGAGCCUGUUGUCCGAUCUGUGACGAGUGCGUGAUCGAAGGUGAGGGGCGACGUGUGUCCGAUGGAGAGAACUGGACAGAUGAUGCGGACAGUUGCGUUUCCUGCUCAUGCAAUCUGGGCCACAUUGAGUGCCAUAUCCAGGAAUGCGAGCCUGUGGUGUGCCAGGAAGGGCAGGUGAAAGUUCAGCCGCCAGGGCAGUGCUGUGCCCGAUGCCAAGGGCCCGCCAGCCGCUGCUCCCACCGAGGCCAGACGUUUGGGGCCAACGAGCGCUGGCAAGUGGACGAGUGCACGACCUGUACCUGUCUGUCCGGGGAGGUGCACUGCCGGACCGAGCGCUGCCCCCCCACUGCCUGCGCUGCCGACGAGAUGCCCACCUUGAUCCCGGGCAUGUGCUGUCCGCACUGCGUCCCGCGUCCCGCCACCUGCGUCGUCUUCGGCGACCCGCACUACCGCACCUUUGACGGCAGGAUGGUGCAUUUCCAGGGCAGCUGUACCUACGUCCUGGCCCAGGACUGUGAUGGGGGAGACUUCAGCAUCCACGUGACCAACGAUGACCGUGGGCGCCAGGGUGUGUCCUGGACGAAGGAGGUGACCGUGCUGGUCGGGGACUCCACCGUGCGGCUGCUCCAGGACCGCGUGGUCAUGGUAGACGCCCAAACCGUGACCCUCCCCUUCUUGAAAGAGCCCCACCUGUACAUCGAGCUGAAGGCCACCACGCUCCUGCUGAACACCAACAUUGGCGUCAAGGUCCUCUGGAACGGGCGUUCCCACCUGGAAGUCAGCGUGGCCGGCACCUACAAAGGCCAGACCUGCGGGCUCUGUGGCAACUUCAACAGCUACCCGCAGGACGAUCUGCGCCUCCGGUCGGGACAGCUCACCUUGUCCGAGGCAUCGUUUGGAAACAGCUGGAAGGUGACCAGCGCCAACAGCACGGACCGGGGCAGCUGCGCCGAUGGGACGGACGUGGACCCCUGCAAGGAAGCGGGCUAUCGCUCCCGCAAAGAGGCCAACGCCCGGUGCAAAGCCCUCAAGCUGCCACCCUUUGAGCGCUGCCACACCGCCGUGCCCCCCGAGCCCUUCUUCGCCUCCUGCGUCUACGAUCUCUGCGCCUGUGGAGCGGCCACCGCCGAGGACUGCCUCUGCGAAGCCCUGGAGGCCUACGCGGCCGAGUGCCGCCACGCUGGCCUGGUGCUGCAGUGGCGCUCGCCCACGCUCUGCGCUGUGGGAUGCCCCCAGGACCGGGGCUACGUGUUUGACGAGUGUGGGCCCCCCUGCCCGAAGACGUGCUUCAACCGCGAGGUCCCGCUGGGCGUGCUGGAGUCCCACUGCUUUAAGCCCUGCGUGCCCGGGUGCCAAUGCCCUGCAGGGCUGGUUGAACACGAAUCUCACUGCAUCGUGCCCGAAUCUUGCCCCCGGAUCAUCUAUGGCACCCUGUGAGCAGGAGUGUCUCCGGGAAAGCCGCGUCCCGCACUGCCUGCCCAUUGUCUGGGGAAGCCCAGGAGUUUGGAAAUGAGCCUUUCCAGCUGUUCUGGAGGAACUUUGGACAGCGAAGGCCGGGGGGGGGUCAGCCGCACACGCACCCCUUCGUUUCAAGGAAACCAGCCGUCCCUCGAGAGGCGUGCCACGCAAGGGAGCACCUGCCGCCUUCCACAAACGGCUGCACCUUGAGAACUUCAGCCUUCCUUGAAGGACAUGACUCUGAGCCUCUUGACCGAGAGGAGGGGCGCUGGGAACAGCUUUGCUCUCUGCCAGGCAAAACCAGCCGAAAGCUUGAACUGCAAAACCAGAAUAAAUGAUCCAAAACGACAUAAAUAUAAAAGUUGCAUCGUUUAAUCCGAA